AUGGUAUCUCUCACGGUGUUAUCUCCAUGUAUACAAUACACCGGUACCAGAUAUCCGUCAACAGGAGAUGUUUUCCUGGAGAAGCAAAUUUGGGCUUUGAAAAAAUGCACUGUACUAUAUAACCUUAAGUCGGAGCGAGAAAACGUAGAUCGGUUCCCAUUUUCAGGUGGUUUUAAUGCUUAUAGUAAUACCAAUUACGCGUUAACGACCGCAAAUUGUGAUGUGUCAUCAGGAUAUGCUUUUGGUACUCCACCAGUAAACCCUUCUGGGACUUCCGCAAGAAGAGCGAGAGCAAGAGCUUUAGCUAUUAAAAGGGAACAGGAAAACCAACUUUGUCCAAAUGGAAAUACAGCUUGUAAACUACCCAACACGAACACUUACGAAUGUAUCGAUAUUUUCUCUGAACUGGAAUCAUGUGGUGGAUGUGUCAACGGAUUAUUCGAUGAUCAAUAUCAAAAUGCUACAAUCGGUAUAGAUUGUACAGCCGCUGAGGGGAUAGCUAUGGGAGCCGUCACAUGUACUCGAGGUUUGGGCGCUACAUUUGCGUGUGAGGACGGAUAUGUCCUGGUUGGUGGUAUUUGCGUUAUCGAACACUUGGCUUAG